AGUCAACGUUGUCAUACCAUAAGACGUGGUGGAUAAAAAAAAAAAUCGAAGAUGAUCAGAAGAACAUUUUUGCUAGUGUUAAUUUAUCAACUUUCAUUUCGUUCAUGUGAACAAAUUGAUGUUGAAGACGUGGCAAUAGACAAAAGCAUUGAUCGAAUUUCAACAGAUAAAAAUGAUGUUUGUACAACACCUGCUUGCAUAAUCGCUGCUCAAAAUAUCGAUAUGAAAAUGAAUAAAAGUGUUGAUCCUUGUGACGAUUUUUAUCACUAUGUUUGUGGUAAUUUUAUCAACACAACAGUGAUACCGGACGACAAAAUUGGAAUAAGCAGUUUACGAGAAAUAUCAUACAAACUUAAUGGACAGUUAGAUAAAAUUUUAAACAAACCAAGUAUGGUAAAAGAGCCUGAGCCAUUUAAAUUUACACGACAUUUGUACAGGACAUGCAUGGACACAGUUGCCAUCAAUAAACUUGGUGAAGAUACUUUAUUAAAAUAUGUCGAUCAAAUUGGAGGAUGGCCUGUUCUUAAAAACAAUCAAUGGAAUGAAAUAUUAUUUGAUUGGAAAAAUACAAUUUUAAAAAUAAAUGAAAAUAAUUAUUGGUUAACAACUUUUUUUAAAUUUGAAAUAAAAGAUGAUUAUGAAAAUAUGACAAAGCAUGUUCAUUUAAAUGAAUUUUCAUCAGAAAUUGCACGAAGAUUUUUAAUUGAAGGUUUAAAAAAUGAAAAAGUAAUUAAUUAUUUUAAUUCAAUGAUUAAUAUGUCAAUUGCAAUGGGUGCCAAUAAACGAGAUGAUACUGAAGAAGAAUUAAAAAAAGCACUUGAAUUUGAAAUUGAAUUGGUUAAAUUAACUCGUCCUUCAAAAGAAUAUCAAAAUAAAAGUUUGCUGUAUAAUCCAAUGACUUUAGGAGAAUUAAAACUAAAGUAUUCAUAUUUUCCAUGGGAGGAAAUUAUAAAUUAUUAUUUACAAUAUUCAAAUACAACAGUAAAUGAUAACGAGAUAAUAAUUGUAAAUAAUCCAGUAUUUUUUACAAAGCUUGAUGGGUUAAUAAAUAAAACACCAAAAAGAGAUCUGGCUAAUUUUGUAAUUUGGUAUUUUAUUCAAGACAAUGCCAGAUUCAUGAGUGAUAAAAUCCAAGAAAUUCAAAGAGGUAGAAAGACAACUUUAGCUAGAUGGAUUCAAUGUACAAAUAUUCUUAAUGAACAUAUUCCCAUUAUUGCAAGUGCUUUGUAUGCUCGUAAUUAUGUCAGCAAAAAUAUUAAAGAAAAUAUUAACAGUAUGGUCAAAACAAUUGGCAAUAGAUUUUCUAAACAAGUAGAAAAUUCAAACUGGAUGGACGAUGAGACCAAGAAAAAUGCACAAAAUAAAAUUAGAACAAUGACAAGUGAUCUUGUCUAUCCAGAUGAACUAUUUGAUGAUGAAAAAUUAAAUGAAUAUUAUAAAGAUUUAAAAUUCAAUGAAAAUAAUAAUUUUAUAGAUACAAUUUUAUGUAUAAAAUUAUUUAAUGAUAAAACUAGCUGGAAUUUAUUGAGACAAAAUGAAAAUGGAUGGGAAGAUUUUGCAAAAAUGACAAUAACCGUUAAUUCAUUUUACGAUCCAAGUAUUAAUAAAAUAAUUAUUCCAGCUGGAAUUCUUCAAGGUGAAUUUUUCGAUAAUGAAUUACCGCAAUACAUGAAUUACGGUGGAAUUGGAAAAAUAAUAGGACACGAAAUGAUGCAUACAUUUGAUAUUAAAAAUUGUUAUGCAAGUAAAAAUGUACUAAAUUGGCAAUCGAAAAUGGGAAAUGAUAAUUAUAUUAAAAAAGCACAAUGUAUUAUUGAUCAAUAUGGAAAUUAUACGGUCAAAGAAGUCAACAUGAAUUUAAAUGGAUCAAAUUCAUUGGUUGAAAAUAUAGCUGAUAUUGGAGGGACAAAAGUAGCCUACUUGGCUUAUCAAGACUGGCUAAAGGAUAAUAAACUUGAUAAAAAAUUAUUGAGCUUUACUCAAUCACAAAUGUUUUGGAUAUCAUUAGCAAGUUCAUCAUGCUCCAAGGAUCGAAUUGAAAUACUAAAAUACAUUGUAUCAUCUGAUGCAUAUAGUCCAGCUCAAUUUCGAGUCAAUGGACCACUUUCAAAUAUACAAGAAUUUUCAAAAGAUUUUAAAUGCCAAGAAGGCUCAAUAAUGAAUCCAAAAAUAAAAUGUACCAUUUGGUAAUGUUGUUCAUUUUUUCAACGUAAAAUAAUUAAUAAAUAGUUACAUAAAAAAAAUAAUUACUGCACUGUAGAUUAAAAAGGAAUAUAAAAAGAUUAAUUUUUUAUUAUUAAAUAAAUUAUUACUAUUGACAGACAUGAUGGCUCAUUAAGGCCUGUCAUUUUGUGAAAUAGAAAUUCCACGAUUAUGGAUAAAUCAAUCGGACAGUAAUUAAGCACUGAGAGAGAUAGAAUAACUUGGUGAGUUUGAUGCUGUACCACACAAAUUUGGAUGAAAUAUACGAUCGAUAUAAACUAUAGUAUCCGACCAUUCGAUUUACUCGAGGCAUACUCAUAUAUCCGGACAUGUCACCAAUAUUCUAUUUGACACAUUCUAUUUAUCCAUAAAUUUAAUAUGCCAGAAUACAUGCACAUGCACUUUGUCAAAUUUAAAAAUUUAAUUAUUUAAAAUUCUACUUAAAAAAAUAUAAUUAAAAUUUAUUAUUUAUCUGUCAUUUUUUUUUUUUCCAUGUACAUGAAUAAAAAAAAAUUUAAAAAAGCACUACUGUUUAUGAGCAUAAAUAAAAUGAAACAAUUUGAAAAAUUUUCAUAAAAUAAAAUUAAUUAAAAUUAUAUUAAAAUGUAUAAAUUUAUUUAUCAAUUUUUUUUAAAAUUAAAUUCUGAUUAAAUUGUAUUUUUUUCAAAUAAAAAAUGUAAA